AUCGUUCCCUCCUCCUCACCUGCAUUGAUCGCGCGAUCCAAACAGAGAAGCUAGCUAGCGGCAUCAAUCCAUGCAGUCCUAGUGCAUACGUUCUCCUCGUCGUACAUGGGCAAGAAGCCCGGCGGCGCCGGCGCCGGCGCCGGCUGGCUGGCCACCGUCAGGAAGGUCUUCAAGCCGGGGACCUCCAAGGACCCUCGCCUCGCCAAGAAGAGGGGAGGAGACGAGAAUGCUGCGGGAGGAGGCGGCGGCGGCGUCGGCCAGGCGGUGGAGAUACUCUCGAUGGAGCACUUCCCGGCCGCCGAGACGUCGCCGGAGGUGACGACGAAUGAAGGAAGCGGCGGAUCCGCCUUCGGCAGGGAGCGGCUGCACGUCGGCCGUGACGAGGCGGAGGGCGCCUGGAGGGCCCGCCGCGGCAUGGCGGCGUCGAGGGCGGUGAGGAACGCGGCCGCGCGCGGGAGGGCGGCCGGCAGGGAGGAGCGCGCCGCCGUGCGCAUCCAGGCGUUCUACAGAGGAUACUUGGUACGCACCCCCAGCUAUUUAAUUUCAUUCGUAUAUAUACACGAUUAUAUAUACGUACAGGUACAGCUCCUUAGUCGGCUAUUUCGUAAUUCCAAAAAUAUAAAAAUGUAGGAGUAGUGUAUAUCUCUUUAGUCUUGAUGUAUAAAUUUAAUGGUUUAAUUUUGCAAACAGAUACAAUGGAGUAUCACAAAACUACACAUUAAAUAACAAAUUUAUCACAAAACUACAUGUAUAGUAAUAAUUUGAUCACAAAACUAUAAUGUCUAUAACUCUAACAUAAUGAUUGAA